UUGGCCUUAACAUGAAAAUUUCAUGGGUGUACUAAAAACCGGAAAGGGUGCAGCUGUCAGCUGUCAGUCGGGAAAAUUCAUGUGUCAUUGGCGAAAAUUUUUCCAGCCGGCACAAUUUGCCUGAAAAAGUGAGGAAAAAGCCCAACAAUCUUUCUAAAAAUCUCACAGAAUUGUGCUGUGAUAGUGUCUUGAGGAUAUUGUGCAGUGAAAUUGGGAAUAAAUUGUGUAGAAGUGAGUGAAAAAGAAGGGAACAAUGGAGGAGACAAAUGGAAAGGUUCCUGGGAAAUCACAGGCGCGCCAGAAGAGACGAAAGGAGAGGAGUAAGGCUGCUGGUGAGGCUGAUGGCAAGACCAGUGAAGAAGUGAAUGCCAAAGAUGAGGGUGUUGUGCAGGAAGAUGGUGCAGAACCAGUGAGUAGUCCUAUGAAUGAAGAUGUCUUGAGCAAUAUGAGGGGCCUCGUGGAACAGCUAAAAGUCGGCUCAAAAUUCCUCAUGAGGAACCCCAAAACGCCCGAUGAGGCCAAACAGCGCUCUUUUAAGUUCUGGUCCACGCAACCGGUGCCGAAGUUGGACGAAACCAUCAGCACCAAUGAGCCAAUUGAUGAAGCCAGGGACGUGGAGGCCAUUCGACAGGAGCCCUACUCCCUCCCGGACGGCUUCAAGUGGGACACGUUGGAAAUCGAUCAGGCUGGCGUACUUCAGGAGCUCUAUACCCUCCUGAAUGAGAAUUAUGUUGAGGAUGAAGAUGCCAUGUUUCGCUUCGACUACCAGCCGGAAUUCCUCAAGUGGGCGCUCCAGCCGCCUGGAUGGCGUAUGGAUUGGCAUGUGGGAGUGCGAGUAGUGAAGUCAGGGCGUCUGGUGGGGUUCAUCUCUGCCAUCCCAGGACAAGUACGCAUCUACGACAAGACGGAAUCUGUCGUGGAGAUCAACUUCUUGUGUGUACACAAGAAGCUGCGUGCUAAGCGAGUGGCUCCAGUUCUGAUCCGUGAAAUCACUCGCAGAGUCAAUCUCACGGGCAUCUUUCAGGCUGUGUACACAGCUGGAGUGGUGCUGCCCAAGCCCGUCUCCACCUGUCGCUACUGGCACCGUUCCCUCAAUCCCAAGAAACUCAUCGAGGUGAAUUUCUCCCAUUUGACGCGCAAUAUGACGAUGCAGCGAACAGUGAAACUGUACAAAUUGCCAGAGACAACGAAAACGCCCGGAUUUCGCAAGUUGACGCUGGCGGAUAUUCCGGCGGCACACAAAUUGCUCGAGACGUACCUGACUAAAUUCCACUUGACGCCUGUGUUCACGGAGGAAGAGUUUGGGCACUGGAUAACUCCGCGAGAUGGUAUCGUGGAUAGUUUUGUGGUGGUCAAUGGACAGGGAGAGAUUACGGAUCUCGUGAGUUACUACACUCUUCCUUCGACCGUGAUGCAUCAUGCUGUUCAUAAGUGCGUGAAGGCAGCGUAUUCCUUCUACAAUGUGGCCACUGUGACACCCUGGACACAGUUGAUUCAGGAUGCUCUGAUUUCGGCCAAGAGCCUCAAUUUUGACGUGUUCAAUGCGCUGGAUCUCAUGGAGAACCGCAAGUUCCUGCAGGAACUGAAAUUUGGGAUUGGUGAUGGCAAUUUGCAGUACUAUUUGUACAAUUGGCGCUGUCCAAGUAUGAGUCCGGAAGAUGUAGGACUCAUUCUGCUUUAGGAAAAAGAAAAAACAUCACGCCAUUUCUCCCAUUCAGACAAUUGUGCUGCCUUUAUUGUCACACGGUAAGAUGUCUUACAUUUAACACAGCACCAAAAUAUUUUUUUUUCGGAUAAAUCCCAUUUUGUGAGUCCUUUUCGAUGGAAAUAAAUCCACUUUUUUUUGGGGCUUUCUUCUGACGCAAGAAAGGAAAUAAUAUAAUUUAGUUGAGAAUAUUGAAAGGAUAUUUGUAGCAUUUCUUUUUUGGAGGAAAUAAAAAUUUACUAGGCAAACACGUGAAACAAUUCUGAUAAGCUCUAUUUCUGUGUAAAAAUAGGUUGACUUACAAUAAAAUUAAUAAAAAAUUA